GCUGUCUGCGGCCGGCGGGCAGGCGACUCCUGUCCCGAGUGGAGGCGGCGGAGCCGGAGCCGGGGGAGGGGGCAGCGGCUGAUAGAAGGACCGCGGCGGCGCCCGCAGCUCCUCACCGGUGAGGGCGCUGAGCGAGGACUCGGGGGUCCCGGGAGUGGGGCGUCGAGAAGAGAGGUCCUGGUAUGGGGGGUUGGGACACCGUGGGCCCAUAGUCUCCUCUGUCGUAGGGGUGAGGGGCCUGGGAGCUCGGGGUCUGCCAGGUGCUGGGUAUCUGCGACAAGGGUCGGGUUGGGUCGGGUCGGAUUGGGUUGCGCCGGGCGGAGGCGUUUCUGAGCAGGCCAGCCAGCCAGCUGGGGUGACAUCACCGACCCCCCUCCCCCGCGCGAACCCCCUUCCUUCCUCUCCCUGCCGCGCCUUUUGUCCGGGCCAGGCUCGGCUCUGCCCCGCCCCUCCCCGCCCAUCUGCGGGGGAGGAGACUCCCCGUCAGUGACUUCAUUGAGUAGGUUCUUGGGGAUUGGGCUUGGGUCCUCCCCAGAGAGGCGAGAGGAGCUCACUGACUCUCAGGCCCUCACUAUCACACCUGUCACAGGUACACACGCUGCCACUCAACAACUACACACUGUCACUGCCAGCCUCACUGUCACACAGCCGAACAGGCGCUCACAUCAUUCAGCCAGACACUGCUGCACCUGAGAGCAGGUGGCCACUGGAUCCUCUCUCUGCACUCUACACCUGGGGACCGGGUCCAGCUCCCUGGGCACGAUACAGGCCUUGCUGGGUCACGGCCUCUGGGAAUCUGAGGAGGUGGCUUCCAGAGCUACAGCGUCCCAAGCAGGCUCCGGUGGAGCGAUCAGAGGUGAGGGGCUUGGCUGGGCAUGUUUAAGCGCACAGUGCUGUCCUGCCCACCCCCAGCAGCACCCCCACUGCAGGCUCGAGGAGCUUUCCGGAGCUUCCCACACUUCUGGGGAGAAGACUUCUUAGCCAGCUUGAUGUUUAAAAUUCAGCUGGAGCCCUUAAAACUUCGAGCGUGGACGCUGAAUGGGUUUGUAAAGUUUCGGAACAAGGAGCCCAGCACCGGUCCAGUGGCUGUGAUGGGAAAAGAUUAUUACAAGAUUCUUGGGAUCCCGUCUGGGGCCAAUGAGGAUGAGAUCAAGAAGGCCUAUCGGAAGAUGGCCUUGAAGUACCACCCAGACAAGAACAAAGAGCCCAACGCCGAGGAGAAGUUUAAGGAGAUUGCUGAGGCCUACGAUGUGCUGAGUGACCCUAAGAAGCGGAGCCUGUACGACCAGUAUGGUGAGGAAGCAGCCGCUCCACUCGGCCCUUCAGUGGCUUUGACCCUGAUGACAUGGAUGUGGAUGAAGAUGAGGACCCAUUUGGUGCCUUUGGCCGCUUUGGCUUCAAUGGGCUGAGUAGGGGUCCAAGGCGAGCCCCAGAGCCACUGUACCCCCGGCGCAAGGUACAGGACCCCCCUGUGGUGCACGAGCUGCGGGUGUCCCUGGAGGAGAUCUACCAUGGCUCCACCAAGCGGAUGAAGAUCACAAGGCGGCGCCUUAACCCUGACGGGCGAACUGUGCGCACCGAGGACAAAAUCCUGCACAUUGUCAUCAAACGAGGCUGGAAAGAAGGUACCAAGAUUACCUUCCCCAAAGAGGGCGACGCCACACCUGACAACAUCCCAGCCGACAUUGUCUUCGUGCUCAAAGACAAGCCUCAUGCACACUUCCGCCGAGAUGGCACCAACGUGCUCUACAGUGCCCUCAUCAGCCUCAAGGAGGCGCUGUGUGGCUGCACCGUGAACAUUCCCACCAUUGAUGGCCGAGUGAUCCCUUUACCCUGCAAUGAUGUUAUCAAGCCAGGCACCGUGAAAAGACUCCGUGGGGAGGGACUUCCCUUCCCCAAGGUGCCCACUCAGCGGGGAGACCUCAUUGUUGAGUUCAAAGUUCGAUUCCCAGACAGAUUAACCCCACAGACACGGCAGAUCCUUAAGCAGCACCUCCCCUGCUCCUAGGCUCUGCCCUGGCCAGUCUGGAGCCUACCACAGCAAUACCCCCACACUCACCCCAUCUCACGUGGACCCGGCUGGAUGUCCACUGGACACUGGCACUUUUCUAAAAUGCAAAGCCACUGAUUUUCAGGAGACUGUUCCUGUUCCCGACCCCUUUCGGAGCUGGGCUGCUUUGGGGGAAUGGGAGGGCGGUGGGGAAGAGCUAGCCCAGACCAGGGGUCAAUUUUCUGUCACGUGCUUUGAAUCCAGUUCCCACUGCAGUGGCUGGAGAGAGACUUGAGAGCUACUCGGAGCUAUAGAUUCCUUGUCCUGCCUGUAAAUAGCAUGCCCUCCUCCCUCUGAGCCUUGCUAACACUUUUCCUCUCCCUUCCCUUUGGCUUCCUCCUGUUUCUGGAGAAAGAGGAUAGAAAGGACACCGCUUCCCACCCCACCCCGGGUGGGUCUGUAGUGUCCGAGGCCACUGCACAAGUGUCCGUGCACACGAAGCAUUUGCCAAAAUGGUCUCUGUCUCUCCGGGAGACAAGAAAGGACAGGAGAUAGGAAGGGAAGGCCCGUUACCUGUGAACAAGGCUGUUCUUUGAGCACGAGACACUUUUCAUUUGGGGCAGGGAAGUGAGCCAACACUCAGGAGCCUCCCCAACAGCUGCCCUGCCUGCACCGCACAGAGUUGGAGGAUCUGUCCCCCUCAGCUGCUCUGGGGAGUGUUCAAGGGUGGAGAGAAGAAAAAUGGGGCUGAACCAUCCCAGCUAAGAGGUGGGGCAGGACCCAUUUCCCAGCCAGCAUCAGGAAGGAAAAGGGCUUUGGGGUCAGGUGGCAGCUGUUCCCCACCAAGAGAUUCAGGAUCACAGGUUUCCCCCCAUAUCUCUGAACUCAGGGCCUAGCCACCCCAAACUUCCAAGCCCCACUUUUGUGAUAUGUGAAGCUGCUUCUUUCUUACUUGGAGGCUGUGUUGGAAGCGUCCAGCCCCUCUCUGCCUGUGUGACCCCCACCCCACCCCACCCCACUCCCACAGUUGUAUAGAAGUCGAAUAGUGAAGGAGCUGGGAGAAAACUGCUUCAGCUGGUCUUGGGGUGGGGUUCUUAGGUUUUCUCACUUUGACAAGCCCCUGAAUGUUUUUAUAGUAGUUUUUUGUAUUUUUUUGUAAUGACAGUAUUAUGAAAAAAAUAAAGUAUUUUAAAAAUAUAGCCUCUGCGCAGAAGCAGUAACCCUGGUGCAGGCAGGAACACAGAGCCACUGUCAGCCUCCUUCCAGGGUCCUGGGCACCCCAGGAAAGCCGGUCAACCUUAGCAUAUGCUGAGGCUCAACUCUUCUUCCUAUAAGCUCUGACCUCUUGGAAUUCCAGAACAUAUACCCCAAACGACAACGCUAGAAGCCACAGCCCAGCUGCCUAUGAAAAAGACACCCUCGAUUGUGAGAAAGAGGGCCCAGCCCCUUCAGAAGCUGUCAACACGAGAGCUAACACACUUGUCUAAAUGUUCUCUUUGAAUUAGAGACACUGUUCCUUGCAGGACGUGGAGGGCUUUCUCACUGAUGAGAAUAGGCACACUCCCAAAAAUAGAGCCUGGCUACCAAGUGCGCUGGAGACGGCUCAGCAGUUAAGAGCACUGACUGCUCUUACAGAGAAGCCAAGUUCAGUUCCCAGGACACAUCAGGCGGCUCACAACUGCUCACGGGGAUCUAACAAGUCCAGCCUCGUCAGGAACCUGCACUCAUGCACACACACUUAUAAAUAAUAAAAAAAAAUGAAUUUUUUUAAAGUUUGGGCACAAAGAAGAUAGAUAGAAUAAAGAUAGAUAGAUACAGGUGAAAGGUCCUGGCUGGGGACCUGGGCUCCAUGAUGGACAUUAAACACAGUUCCUGCUCCUUGAA